AUGACUCAAGAAACAGACGUAAAUUAUGAGAUAUCACUGGGAGGACAUGAGGAAGAUUCAAGCACAACCGGUCCAUUCCUCAUUGACAGUAUAGAAAAGCCAAUUUUAUGGUUUAUAAUUGUUUUCUUAAUGGGUUUCAUUGCAAUUCGUUUAGUUUCAUCAACCUGGACAACAGCUGGCAAGCAAAGAAAGAGUGAAAUCGUAGAAAUAAAGAAACCAUUAUCAGAUAGUACUUUUAACGUUGAUUUAGAUUUGACUUCUUUAUCCGAGUUUCAUAAAAAAAUUGCCCUUAAAUGCAGCCUCAUAUUGGACUCAAGAGAAGCGAAUGUUAAAGAAAUUGAUUACAGUUUCAUUGCGCAUUACCUCAGAAACAAAAGUAUUGUUGAUUCGAAGACUCUCAAGGAUGAAAAAGCCGAAGUAUCGUUCUUACUAGGAUCUAAAGAAAGUAACGAAAUUGAGAUAUUUGUUUUCAACGAGAAAGUAAAUUUCGACGAAAUUGAUCUUCAGUUAGCAAUUACAGCAAAUUACAACAAUGUUGUAUCAGUAAGAUUCAUCUGGGAGCUUGAAAGUAACAAUUCCGAUAAAUUCUUUGUUCUUUCUCGUUUAAUUUUGACCGGAAUGAUCUUAUACAUGUUAACAAUAUUUUUAUUGCACGCUACCUUCAAGAACAAUGCACAGGUUCAAUCAUUGGGUUCAAUACUCGGUGUUUUUGGAGUAAUUUCUGGAAUUCCAUUAAAAACGUUUAUUACUCCAGAAAAUUAUCCAAUGAUCAACUGCAUUUUAUCUUCCAUACUUAUUUAUACAUAUAGAUUAUUCUGUAUUCUUGCAAUCAGAGGAACAGAAAACAGAACAGGCGGAUUUUCAUAUAUAAUCUUCACUUUAUACGGACUUUUAUACGUAGCACUCACAGUUAUUUUUGUUCUUACACUUACAGGUGUUAAUACACAAUUUUCGGACGGAUCAAUUUUAUUAUUUAUGUCAAUUUUAGAAAUUAUUGCUAUUGGCUAUGAAUUAUUCUCUAAAUUCGUCUUCAAUUCCAUUGUUAGCAUGAAGAGAUACAUUUAUUUCUGUGCAAUGUCAUUUGCAAACAUUUUAUUCGAUUUGACCAUACAAAACAAGUUCGCUUUCCCAAUCAGCUCAUUACGACAAUCUGUUUCGAACGGAUUGUGGCCAUCGCUACAUGUUGUUUUGUGCGUUUUCUUACUUUUCUUGAUGCAAAAUAACUUUGAAGAAGGAUAUAACCAAAUUGAUAACGUAGAGACACAUGUUCCAGAAUUUAUUGAUAUAGAAGGUGGAAUUGGUGUAGAUGUCCAUUCAGAACCAUCAGAAAAGGAAUAA